UUUUGUAUAUCCCUUACCUAAACAUGAAUACAUGAUCAUUUCUCCCAAAAUUCAAUUUAAAAUUUUUAACAAUUCGGUGUCUGCGUGUGAGGUUUUUCGGAAGCAUGGCUAAUUGGAUCUCUUCCAAGCUCAAAGUUGCCGAAAGUCUCCUUCAACAGAUUGACCAACAAGCUGCUGAAUCACUCCGCAAGGGUGAGAGUAAACAAACUGAUGAUUUGGAUGCAAUCGCCUCUGAGAAAUCUAGUGGUACUGUUCCCUUGAGGGAUCAGUUGAAGAAGAAAACAUCGAAUGGUAAUGAAAAUUUGGGAAAUUUAAGCAGUGAUUCUUUUAAUCAUGGUGAAAUUAAAUCGAGUAGUGAUGAAAUUAGUAGGAUUGGCAAGCUAAAAUUGGGGAACGAUGUUGUGAAAAAACCCAACUCAAAUCUGAAAUCCACUCUUAAUGAUAGUGAUUGGACUGAGCUUCUUAAUACCCCGAAACAGCCAUUUUCUACUAAGACACACCGCUCGAAUGGAGCUCGGAAAGAUGUGGGGAAGGCUGGAAUCACUGGGUUGAAGGUUAAGGGUAAUGGUAAAGUAGUGGGGAAAACAGUGAGGAAAGAAGGAGAUGGGAAUGCCGAGAAAGGGAAUGGAGUUGUUGGAGGUGAGGGAGGGGGGUCGAGCUUGGGAUCUUCCAGGAAGAUUGCUGAUGCAACGGAAGCGAGAGUGAGUUUAGAAAAAGUGGAAGGCAGUAAUGAGGUAGAUUAUGGAAGAGAUAUGAUGGGGGAUGGGUCAUUAGAAUAUGAUAAGUCCAUAGUUAAGGCUGAUUCCCCAUUUCUUGGAAAAAGUGAUGCUGUCUCUGUUGUGGUGUCUGACGAAGGGAAAAGAGCUGUUUCUGUUGAUGAAAAAAUUGGUAGAGCAACUUUGGGAAUGAAUUAUCGCGAAAAAGAUAUUGCAAAUGUUGUUUUAGGAGGUAUGAAGAGUGCCUCUCACUCCGGUAGCGAUCAUGAGUCAGAUUCAGAUUCAAGUUCGAAUUCUGACUCAGGGGCUGAACAAGAGCGGGAGGAAAGGAUGCAGAGACGAAGACAAGUUUUGGCUGCUAAAGCUGCUGCAAAAGCUUUGGAGGCCAUUAAAGAACAUGAGAAUGUUGUGGCUCGAUUGGAGGGAGAGAAGCAAAGCCUCCAGAAGAUACUAGAGGAGCAGGCAAAUCAAGCAGCUCAAGAGGCCUCAGAACUUCAGGCAACAAUGAUGGAAAUGAUGGAAGCUACCGAAGUGGAGAAGCAGAAGCACAGUCAUACCAGGAUGGAAGUCCUUGCACAACUGGCCAAAUCAGAGACUGCAAAUGCCAAUCUUGCUAAAUCUCUUGGCACUGCACAAUGGAAUCUGGAAAUAGAGGUAAAUCGCCUAGCAGAAUACCGGCACCAAGUUGAGGUAAAGGAAGUUGCCCUUGAAGAGUUGAAGAGGAAGAUUUAUAGUGUUCAUCAAACCAGGGCCACUUUGACCAGCUUGAUGGCUUCAAAGGGCUUUGGGUUGCAGAAAGAGAUGCUGGAAGCUGAAUGUGCUUUUGCUACAGACAAAACUGCUAGACUGCAAGAGAAGGUGAGGAAGCUGGAAGCAGACAUUGACAUGACAUCAAAGGAAAUGGAAAAUUCAACUGAAGUAGAAGUCCAGCUUCGGCGGAGGCUUUGUCAGAUGACAGAUCAUUUGAUUCAGAAACAAGCCCAGGUUGAAUCACUUUCAUCGAACAAGGCAACUCUUCUUUUUAGAACCGAGGCAGUUUCAAGGUUACUCGAGGAAAAUAAGUCUCUAAACAGUGGGAGUGAUAUUUCGGGCAAUUUAAGGGAAGACGUAGAGGCAGGAACAUGGGAAUCAACUGGUUCUAAGCUUCGGCCAAUGUUAGAAAAUAAAAUCCAGUCGGGGAGGCAGCACCUAGGCUCAAUGCUUAGACAAUUGGAUGCAAUCUUUUCAGCUGGUGCAGUAUUUUUAGCAAGGAAUCCAGCAGCAAAGCUCUGGUCCUUGGUGUAUCUUGUAUCCCUACAUUUAUGGGUUUUGUAUAUUCUUUUCUCUCAUUCUCAGUCAACUGAAGAUUCCACAUCCAGUUCUGUAGUAUCCUUGGAGAAUAUUAACGGCAGCACUGGUGUCUAAGACGUACAUGUGUGCUUAUGUUUAUCGAUCAUAUUUUUUGUUGAUUGAUUAAUGAGCUCGUGUAUAUUGUUAAUGGUAACAACAUCUCUAACAACUUGGCAGAUGCUCUUUGAUAAAUCAUUUUUGUUUAAUGUGAUUAUGUUUAGGUAA